UUAAAAUAACAAUUAUUAGGUUUGUUUAGAAUGGAUAUGAAGCAAGAAAUAUCUCAGCGACUUCCUGUUGACACGGGGACGGCACCAGAGUGCGCUGGUUGUCAGAAAGUUAUCAAAGAGAGAUACCUACUAAAGGCUCUGGACCAGUUCUGGCACGAGGACUGUCUCAAGUGUACCUGUUGUGACUGUAGACUUGGAGAGGUGGGCUCCACUCUCUUCACCAAGGCCAAUCUCAUCCUCUGCAAGAGAGAUUAUCUCAGAUUGUUCGGUACCACUGGUGUUUGUUCAGCUUGUAACAAAACCAUCCCAGCCUUCGAGAUGGUGAUGAGAGCCAGAGGAAACGUGUAUCAUCUGGAGUGUUUCGCUUGUCAGCAGUGUAACCACAGGUUCUGCGUUGGAGACAGAUUUUAUUUGUACAACAACAGAGUGUUAUGCGUAUAUGAUUACGAAGAACGAGUUUUAUUCGCCAAUCUGCCCUAUACAGGAGACAGCCUUACGCAGCUGAAGAAACAGACGGAGAGCUUGAUUUCUGGUGUUAAAGAUGACGCUUCGAGUGGCUACGGUAGUCCGGACUCGUUAGUUAGCGAAGGGAAAUAGAACAUAUGUUUAGAAUCUGAUGGUUACAAACUGUGAUCAGCGAGUGACUGGAUUCUAUAGAUAACUAAGACCGUUAACGUAAGAUUCGAAAUAAGUCAACCGGAACCCAAAUUAAUCACGCUGUUCUCAUUAAUUCUGGAACAAACCCUAUCAAAAUACCCCGCACACGAUCUGGAUAACGAUGUCCUCUGUUAUGAUGACACGUGUAGUUGAAAUCUGUUACGAAAGUGUGACGUUUCAAACGUUCUCAGUGAAAACACUGAGUUCACCGACAAAAAAACUCUAUACUCAAGAAUAUGAAACCGAUAACAGGUUUCACUGAAUCUACUUGUGUAUUUCCAGAUUCGGUAGUCUUUAAUUUGUGGUGUGAGCUGGAGACUGUUCACUGAAGCUUGGACUAAACUAAUAACUAAAAAAUAGUGUACUUGCAUUGCGCGUCUACCGAAAGAGGGAGAUUUACAUAAUAAGUAUUUAUGUUUCCAAAUUUUUUGUUAGCUUGUGAACGAACUGUGACAUUAGAGUUCAUGACGCCAAUCAGAAUGAACGCAUCACGAACUUCAAUUUCAAACUUGUUGAUGUUGUAUAUAUAUUUUUUAGGCUUGAGUGCUUGUCGUGUACGUUCUACUGACGUGGAUACAAUACAGCUAAAGAACGUUCAUAAAAUUAACUGUUUUUUUUAUGUGACUUGAGUAUCAACCAUCUGGAAACUGUGGUCAUGCUCUCUUUUUUUUUACUCUAGUGAGAGAGGAUUGACAGGGAUUAUAACUGGUGUUUUUCUGUUAUUUUAUAAGUAAUGUGUGUGCUGAGAUGUUUUUUUUUGCUAUGUAUUAGUCCAAUUCACACACACACACACAUAAAAAAUCUAUAAACAUAUAUAUGCACAUCUGAACUGUUCUAUGUUGCCCCUGUGGUUUGAAUAUGCACAUCUGAACUGUUCUAUGUUGCCCCUGUGGUUUGAAUAGCUAUGGGAUUACAAAAGUAUUGUAAAAUUGAGAUAAAUAUUUUGACGAAUGAAUUUAAAUUUUAACUAUAUAUAUUUCUUUAUCUUAAAAUAAUCAACUUUGCCAUUCAAGGUUUAGAAGAACAUUCCAGACUUGAUUAAUGUCUUCUGGUCUAUGCUAAUCAAGCCAUUCCAAAAUCCCUCAUGAGCAUGCUGUGUUAUACAAUAACGAUAGAACUGUACACAAGAACACCAACUCUACAGAUAAGUACGGUAACCAUGUCUAUAUAAAAACACCAUCCAUCCAGAUAAUACAGCUUCAGUAAGUACGGUAACGAUGUCUAUAUAAAAAACACCCUCCUUCCAUAUAAUACAGCUUCAGUAAAGUACGGUAACCAUGUCUAUAUAAAAACAUCAUCCAUCCAGAUAAUACAGCUUCAGUAAGUACGGUAACCAUGUCUAUAUAAAAACCCCAUCCUUCAAUAUAAUACAGCUUCAGUAAGUACGGUAACCAUGUCUAUAUAAAAACAUCAUCCAUCCAGAUAAUACAGCUUCAGUAUUAUUUUGUUCAUCUUGUCAUCAUCCCAUUUCUUCUCAACUCCUAUGAUAUUCUGAUAUUUUCUUUUCUAGAUCGAGAGUAAUGAACUAUCGUUCUUUUAUUUGUAUGUUUCAUUUAUUUAUAUUUUCAACGUUUGACUUCAUUGUCUGAAUUAGGUUAUAAUUUAUUGGCCGUUCUAACUGUCCGUGUUGUUCGAAAUGGUGUUUUUAAGUGUUUUAACACUCACAAAAAAGAAACCUAUCAUUCUAUGGGUAUUUGAAGAACUUGUAGCAUUCCGCAACAAUUUAAUUAUUCGUGUUUUUAGCCUACACUGGGCAACUGAUACAUACAUAGUUGAACAGAGUUGUUUAAACAUUUGUUUAACAACAAGUAAUAGCUUGGAAUGGUCUAUUCUUUCAUUGGGGGUAUGACUGGGCGCCAGACUAGUUUCGGAGAAUUCCACUCCUCAUCAGUGACUUGUUAAACAUAUGUUUAAACAACACUGUUCAUUUUUGUACCAAAUUCCCAGUGUAGGCUAAAAACACGAAGAACUAAAUUGUGGCGGAAUGCUACAAGUUCUUCAAAUACCUAUAGAAUGAUAGGUUUCUUUUUUGUGAGUGUAAAACACUUAAAUACACCAGUUCGAUUUUCGAUACCUCACUUCUAUAAAGGCUUGGUUUGGUCAGAAAUUUCAUUCGAUGGUCGUGCUCAGGGUCACUGAUCGGGAUUGGAAUUCUUCGUAACUAGUCUGACCCGCAAUGACGUGGUCAGGGUCACUGAUCAGGAUUGGAAUUCUCCGAAACUAGUCUGACCCGCAAUGACGUGGUCAGGGUCACUGAUCAGGAUUGGAAUUCUACGAAACUAGUCUGACCCGCAAUGACGUGGUCAGGGUCACUGAUCAGGAUUGGAAUUCUCCGAAACUAGUCUGACCCGCAAUGAAAGAAUUGACCAUCUCAAGCUUUUAUUUAUUGUUAAACAAAUGUUUAAACAACUCUGUUCAACUAUGUCCGUGUGGUCGUUUUUCGAUAUUUUUGACUACACUUACCAAAUGAAAACCCUCCUUGUCUAGAGAUGUAGUUUUUGUUCUCUUUACGCUUCCGAAUAAUAAUAUCUUCUUGAUCUGCGAAAUUUGUUCAUACUUUAUAAAACUGGACUUACCUCUACUUGUGAUCACAAUUAUUAGAUUUUACUUCAUCCGUUACCCAACUCUCACGGACUGCUUCGAAGCUCAUCAGUUUCAAAAUAAACGUGACAGCUGUAUUAAUUAUUAUUAUUAAUUAAACAAGUUAUUAUCGUCUUCUAUCCAUACUCUGUAAUACACUUUUUUUAUGUAUCUUUUUAACUUUAAAACUCUUUCAUAUUUUUAGGAAACUUGAGGAAAAGUAGAAGAUGAUCACUCAAUUGUUUCAUUAAAAAAAAAAAAAGUCAUACUUCUCUACGUCCACCAGAUGUCGCUUUAAGAGAAAUGUCUAGAUAAUUGUUUGUUGUAAAUGAGAUUAGAGCAAACUAUAGAAAGUAAAAUGGAGAGUCAUAAAGCUGAAGUUUUUGUUUUGUAUAUACAGUUUGUAUAUAGAAGAUAUAUAUAUAUAUAUAUAUGUAAAUUAUUUUGUUCUUUAGAAAUUAGCUGUGAUGUG